GCUGUCGGGAAGAUGGACGACGGACCAACAUACACACUUUGGGAUUACUAUAUAAUAAAGUAGUUGAGCUGUUGCUUGUGUGGUGUGGUGUGGUGCGGUUUCACCAACAUCAACGUAACACACAACGGCAACAUGUCUGCAUUUAUUUGUUUAUUUAAAUUUAAUUAAUUUACCCCUCCUCCUCCUCCUCCUCCUCCUCCUCCUCCAUCGACUCAAUUAGUUGAUUUGAUGAUAUCCAAGCAUGAACACGAGUAAGGUGAGAAAACGCUGCAGGGAACACCAAUUCAUAAUUAAUAAUAUCAAUGUGCAGGAUGCAGAAGAUAUCAUCAUAGCCAUAUUCCUCCGACCAAUUAUCAGGUUCGGCUGCUUCCGCCGCUUGUUCUCUGCCGCCGCCGCCGGCGCUUGCCUACUUCUUCUUUUUGCCUUCCUUUCUCCACCCAUCACCACCAAUCAACUCCUUGUCGUUAAUACCCAAGACUCAGCUGUGGAAUGUGGAAGCAGCCGCAGAAUCUGGAAAUAUUAUUGGGAUGGGAAUCACCAAAUCAAUCUCUAUAAUGGAUGCAGUGAAGCUAGCACCAACUUUAUACCUGCAGAAGCAAACACAAAACCCAACAGGUUCUUGUUGGUUAGAACUAGUGGAGGUUUAAAUCAACAGAGGACAGGGAUAAUAGAUUCAGUUGUUGCUGCGUAUAUCUUGAGUGCAACACUAGUCGUGCCGAAUCUGGACCAAGAAUCAUUCUGGAAGGAUGCCAGCAACUUUUCUGAUAUAUUUGACAUGGAUUGGUUCACUUCCUACCUGUCAAAGGAUGUCAGAAUUGUGACACGUCUCCCAGAAGAGGCUUCGGGGAGAGUAGCAACCACACGUGUUCCCAGGAAAUGCGAUCCCAGUUGCUACUCCACUCGAAUCUUGCCCAUCUUUAAUAGAAGAAAAAAUGUAUGUAUGUAUGUCGUCCAGGCUGUUGAACUUACAAAGUUCGAUUACAGGUUGGCUAACCAGCUGGACGUGGAUUUACAGAAACUGAGAUGCAGAGUGAAUUAUCAUGCUUUGAGAUUUACCGAUCCCAUUCGAAAGAUGGGCCAGAAAUUGGUUGAGAAGAUGAGAAUGAAAAGCGACCACUUUGUAGCGUUACAUUUAAGGUUCGAACCUGAUAUGCUGGCGUUCUCCGGAUGCUAUUAUGGUGGAGGAGAUGAAGAAAUAAAAGAGCUUAGCAAACUUCGAAAGAGGUGGAGAACCUUACACAGAAAGAAUCCUGAUAAGGAAAGGAGGAAUGGAAAAUGCCCCCUAAGUCCUGAGGAAGUCGGGUUGAUGCUGCGAGCACUAGGAUUGGGUAAUGACGUGCACAUAUACGUUGCAUCCGGCCAAAUAUACGGAGGUGAAGAGGCGCUCGCACCUCUGAAAGCCCUUUUCCCAAAUUUUCAUACCAAAGAGACACUGGCCACAGGGGAAGAACUCGCCCAAUUUUCGACCUAUUCUUCUCGCAUGGCUGCAUUGGAUUUUAUUGUUUCCGAUGAGAGUGAUGUUUUUGUGGCCAACAACAAUGGCAACAUGGCCAGGAUGCUCGCUGGAAGAAGGAAAUACUUUGGUCACAAACCUACGAUCCGGCCGAAUGCAAGAAGACUGAGUAAAUUGUUUCUGAAGGUGAAGAAUGAAAACAUUACAUGGGAGGAGUUUGCUUUAAAUGUCCAAAAGCUCCAAAGGGGUUUCAUGGGAGAGCCUGGACAAAUUAAUGAUAAUAAUAAUGAUGCCUACAAGGUGGAUCAUCAGUUUCACGAAAACCCUUUGGCCUGUAUAUGCAAAAAUUCAUAA